ACAAUCAACGCCUUACACAUUUCUCUUGACGGACUUUGGAGUUAUGCACGCACUAACUAAGCAAUUCGCAACUUUUCACUUCAAGUCGUUUAACUCCUACACCAAGUGGUUGAAUUAUUAUUCAUUAUUGCGUCGAUCCCCGUUAUUGAACAAGUUCCCCGCGAUGAGUAACAGCCAAUUUCAGUCAAAGUUAUGGAUCUGUUUGCUAUUGGCAUUUUGUUGGAAUUGGAGGAUUUCUUGCGCAGCACAAGAUCAAGUUGGAUUGCACCACUCGGAAGGGACAACUGGAUCAGGGAAAGGCAUGCCAUCAAAUGACGAUUUGAUCGACUAUGACUUUGACAAUCCGGAAGAUUACCGGGAAAUUGAUUACGACAGCAGCCACAACCCAAUCCUGGGGAUGGUGCGAAGCUCUUCUUCACACCCGAUAUCGUUAAGCUUUUCCUGUUUGUCAUCACUGAUCGUCAUUUUUCUUCAUUACCUCUUUUAAAAAACAAUUCAAUGAAUCAUGAAUGUCGGAUGAAUGUGACCAUAUUUUGCUAUACUACAAAUACAAGUACAUAACUGAGUCAAAA